AUGAUGAGCGAAAUUUUUCCAACAACAUAUUUUUUUCUAAAAAUUUCUGGAUUUUGGAGACCUUAUUCUCUAAAGUUACCUUUAUACUUGUGUUACCAAAUUUAUACGGCAUUUUCUUUUGCAACGGUUUUGAGCCUUAUAAUUUUACUUGUACUCUACUGCGCGUUUGCGCAUGACAAGUUUUUAGAAUUGCUUUUGGAGAACAUGUACUUGGUCAUAUCUUUUUCCAAUUGUAUAUCUAAAACGUCGAAUAUAAUUUUAAGAAAGAAAAAUGUUGAGAAAUUAUUACAGUGGAUUAGAGAAAAACGAUGGCUUGCUGAACGCGACUUGGAAGAAUCCUGUAUAGUAGCACAUUCGAAGCUUAUGGAAAAAGCAAUACCUCAAUUCUGUACAUUAUUGGUUUGCGCAAACGGCAUCGGCAACUUAAUGAACCCAAUCAUCCGCGCCAAUCCGGACAAGAAAUUGGUGAUCGAAGCUUAUCCUAUCUGCGAUAGAAGCCGUCCUGUCUGUUUUUGGCUUACAUACUUGCAUCAAUGCUUCGGCUUCGUGAUUGUCAACGUAAUUCACGUGGCUUGCGAUUGUCUGAUUUAUAAUUUUAUAGACAGAACGUGCGCUCACUUGAAAAUAUUAGGGCAUAGAUUGCAGAAAUUACCAGUUCUCGUGAAAGGGAUUAGACAUCAAGGAAUCGACACAGUGGAGUUUGAGAAAAGUUACGUCAUAGACUGCAUUAAAAAUCAUCAAGGUAUUUUUAUAUUUAUUCGAGAAUUGAACGAUACAUUCUGUGAAACCGUCUUUUUUCAAUUUCUGUCAAGUAUAUUAGUUUUGUGUACAAAUAUAUUUUUACUAUCCAAGCAAGAAUUGUUUAGUCCUGAAUUCAUAGCAGUAUUUUCAUAUUUCUGUUGCGUCUUAGCGCAGAAUUUCUUCUACUGCUGGUAUGGAUAUAAACUAUCUGUAAAUAGUUUAGCGUUUGUCGAUGCCAUCGCCAAAAUUAAUUGGGUUGAGUUAGAUAUGAAGACCAAGAAAAUGCUCGUCUACAUGAUGUUAAUAACUUCAAACAAAGUAGAACUAUUUAAUAACGCUGUGGUCAACCUGAGUCCCGCAUCGUUUAUUAAUAUAGUGAAAAUUUCAUACUCAGCAUUUACAGUUUUGCAACGUACAAGCCACAAGGAAAUGAAGAUAUGA